UGGGGGAACACAAACUCAACAGUUCGUUUGGAUUGGUCGGACUCAGCAUGGGCCUGUCGACACUUGUGGGGUCACCUUUAGCAGGAGCGUUGUCGGACAACAGCGGCAACUACAAUGUGGCAUUCUACUUCGGUGGCAUCACUAUUGUACUAGGAGGCUUAAUUUGUCUGCCACUCAGACGGAUUUCAAACUGGGAACAAAGUCGGAGAAAUGAUUUCAACUUAUGGGAUACAUAUAACGGUGAUGAGAAAAACAAAAGGCCUGAUGUAAAAAUAGUGUCUGCCAAAAAGGCAUUAUCCAUAUACACAAUAUCAAGAGAUAGGAGCUGAACUCUUUUUUCUUCUUGGUUUUCACCAAACAGUAUUUUACUAACUGUCAUCAUGUCAAAAUGGUGCUUAGAUGAUACUCCAAUAACUAUUACUCGGAAACUCGGCCGUUUCAUCAGAGGAAUUCUAUCUGUUGUAUAUUUUGUUGUAAGGAAACGGGGAUUUGAUUUUCCAAUGUAGACUGGGUGAGAAAUAAGGCCCUCUUCGCUUAAUACCUAUAUGUUCUCGUGCCCGCACGUGGCCUAGACUAAUAUACCCGUGUAUUAUGCUCUCAUGCAUCAUCUAUGCACAUGUCACGCAUCUCACACGGACCACAUGCAAGCACCACGCGAAAGUCGCCAAAAGAUCGACUCGCCUGCAGAAAUAUCCUGGUGUGCAGCAAAACCCUUAUACGCACAAAGCCCGCAAAGCCUGUUUGGAAUGGUGUGACCGGGCCUUCAAUAGUUCUCUUACUGCAUAGACACACAAUGACAGUGUAUUUAUUUGUGAAAUAGAUCAUCAACAACAAGUUUGCGUCCCAAUUUCUCUUCAUCACAUGAGUACCUGUCACUCUUGGUUGAUUUCACUCAAUAUAAAUCCUAAUUGUAGCCUGUAUGUCGGGUUUUAGUUCAUACCAGUCCUGGUGUGAAAUAUACAUAUACAUGUUUAUUUGACGUUCUUUUGAAAUCAGAUUUUUAUUUUUUAUUUUUUUUUUCGGCCUCCGUCAUUUGCCAGGUACAUUUGUAUAAACACUUUAAGCUCCUAGUAUUACUGACGACUAGAUGCAGUUUAAUUCAUUUUUGGAUCUGCAACACUGGAUUUGUAUGGAAAAGUGCUAAAAAUAUCAUGUGUCUUCAGAACAGAUAUUAAAAAUGAUACCUGUACACCCCGUCCUCAUUGGUUGAAGGUCAAUGCCGCCCAUAACAGUAUACUAUAAAUGUCUCGUUUUUAAGCAGUUGGGCUUGUCUUCCUGCCUCACAAAAUAGGAUGCAAAUUCAAUAGGAUUUCGGAGACAGGCGAGGACCACAUCGUCCAGACAUUGUUUACCUUUUAAGUGCAUUGUGGUAUUAUGUUAUUAUGUUAAUGAUUUAUUUUAAAAUAAUUUCAAUUACUUGGCUAUUGUGAAGUUUUAGAUUGUGAUAUCUUUAUUAAACUGUAACAUGUAAUUCAAAAUCAUGAGGUAAUGACAAAGUAACCUGUUUUGAGAGUGAUAUGUCUAUUAUAGACAUUGCUUGCCUUCCACGUAACACUCAGGAUCAGUAACACGAAAUAUUUUAAUCAACAAUACAUACAAUUUUAAUUAGCAAUAAUUCAUCAAUUAAUUAACAAAAUAUCAGAACAGUUAAAGGCCAUCGGUCUUUACACAAUGUCGUACGUAUACAGGAGCGUUAAUGAUUUGUUUGUGUAAUAUCUGCAGAGUAAGUUGAUAGUUAUCUUCCAAACAAUUUUUCUGUGUCCAAAGCGUGCUGCCCAAUAUCAACAUGCAAAAGAUAAUUAUCAGGAGAGACAACUUAGUGGUUUAAAAAAAUAGUUAAAAUGAUGUGAUUGCUAAAACUAAAAAAGUGUUAAUUUUCAGGAAUCGUGAGAAUCAAUAGAGACGAUAUGUAGUGAUAGACAGUCCCAGUCGGUUAUAGUUAUUGUGUGGAAAGACUUAAUGUUGACUUUGUUAUAUGUUCAUUUCACGUUAUUUUCCAUAAGUGCCAUAAGUAUGAUUCAAUAUAUUCAGUCUCUUUGUGUUGAUUUAUUUUUUUAUUUAUUUUUUUUGUAAUUAAGUGACGCAUUAAAACGACAAGUAUACCUGUAGAUGUUGUUACAAAAUGUUUUCUGCUACAUGUGUAGUUUCUAAUUGUUAAUAAAUAAUUGUAUUGUUAA